AUGGAGACCGGCAUCAACAACAUCCUCAACAAGCUGACUGACUCUGAAGGCGUUUUGGGCGUACUUAUUGCUGACGAACACGGACUCUGCCUUGGAGCACGAGGAAUUGCAAAAGCAUCGUCUGCAGGAUUUAUUGCUUCGAUUGCUGCACAUGCCAAGGAGCUUACCGAGCUCAAGGGAGGCGCCGUCUCCAAAGAUGAUACCCCAACCAUCUCUGUCGAGUAUGGCAACAACACGAUAUUGAUCAGGAGCGAAGGCAACCAUACAUUGGCCGUCUGGAAGAGUUGA